AUGGAUCCGAAAGACCUUCUCUCGAUCGUAAGAGACGACAAGAUAACCAAAGAAACCAAGAGCUUGAUCUCUUCGCUUCCUUCACACGAAGAUUUCCAAGGAAGGAAGCUUUGUAAGUAUCAAGGAUGUUGGUAUAACUACAACACUCUCCAAGGAGUUCUUAAUUUCCAGCGAGGUUUUCAACCACAAGACACGGAUAUAAUCCUUGCCUCCUACCCCAAAUCAGGUACCACUUGGCUCAAGGCCCUCACAGUCGCCAUCCUCGAGAGAUCAAAGAACCAUUCUUCUGAUCAUCAUCCUCUACUAUCUCAUAAUCCUCAUGGGAUUGUACCAUACUUUGAGCUCGGUUUAUAUAUUGAAAGCUCGAGUCCUGACCUGGCCAAGUACUCAUCAGUUCCGAGGCUGUUCUCGACUCACAUGCCACUGCACGCGAUGCACAAGACCCUCAAGGACUCUUCUUGCAAGAUUGUGUACGUGUGCAGGAACAUGAAGGACACAUUAGUCUCGUGGUGGUUUUUCAGUUGUGCUAUUUAUAAAUUAGAACGAAAUAGAAGUAUUCUCGAGUCUUUGUUCAAAUCGUUUUGCAACGGAACUUUCAGUUACGGACCUUUUUGGGAACAUCUCUUGAGUUACUGGAGAGGCAGCUUAGAAGAUCCCAAGCGUGUCCUUUUCAUGAGAUAUGAGGAAAUGAAAGCAGAGCCUCAUGAUCAGAUCAAGAGACUUGCGGAUUUCUUGGGUUGCCCUUUUACUAAAGAAGAAGAAGAGAGUGGAUGUGUGGACGAGAUCUCGGACCUUUGCUCUCUACGUAAUUUAAGCGGUUUAAAGAUUAACAAAACUGGUAAAAGCUACAACUCGGACAACAAGGAUUAUUUCCGUAAAGGGGAAGUCGGCGACUCGAAAAAUUAUCUUACUCCUGAAAUGGAGAACAAGAUAGACAUGAUCAUCCAAGAGAAACUCCAAGGUUCUGGUUUGAAAUUCUAGAGUUACGUAUGUAUAUGGUUAGUGUUUCCUUCGAUUAUGCAAAAUGUCCUUUGGUUCUUUUUUACCAGAAUGUCCUUUAAUUGUUGCUUUGAUGUGUUUUAAUAAAGGGUUAAUAU